AUGGCGCCCAAAGGAAAAGUGGGCACGAGAGGGAAGAAGCAGAUAUUUGAGGAGAACAAAGAGACCCUGAAGUUCUACCUGAGAAUCAUACUGGGGGCUAAUGCCAUUUACUGUCUUGUGACCUUGGUCUUUUUCUACUCAUCUGCCUCAUUUUGGGCCUGGAUGGCCCUGGUCUUUAGUCUGGCAGUAUACGGGGCCAGCUACCACUCUAUGAGCUCGAUGGCAAGGGCAGCCUUCUCUGAGGAUGGGGCCCUGGUGGAUGGUGGAAUGGAUCUCAACAUGGAGCAGGGCAUGGCAGAGCACCUUAAAGAUGUGAUCCUACUGACAGCUAUCGUGCAGGUGCUCAGCUGCUUCUCCCUCUACAUCUGGUCCUUCUGGCUCCUGGCUCCAGGCAGAGCUCUUUACCUCCUGUGGGUCAAUGUCCUGGGCCCCUGGUUCACAGCGGACAGUGGCGCCCCAGUGCCAGAGCACAAUGAGAAACGGCAGCGCCGACAGGAGCGGCGGCAGAUGAAGCGGUUAUAG